UCGCCCUCCGUGCUGUGCUGUCGCUACCCGCUGCCCCCUUGCCGCCCACCAUGGCGCUGCUGCACUCCAGCCGCGUCCUCUCCGGCGUCGCCGCCUUCCACCCGGGCCUUGCCGCCGUAGCCUCCGCCAGGGCCAGCUCCUGGUGGACCCAUGUGGAAAUGGGACCUCCAGAUCCCAUCCUGGGAGUCACUGAAGCCUACAAGAGAGACACCAACAGCAAAAAGAUGAACCUGGGCGUUGGUGCCUACCGCGACGACAACGGAAAGCCCUACGUGCUCCCUAGUAUGAGGAAGGCGGAGGCCCAGAUUGCUGCAAAAAAUGUGGACAAGGAAUACCUGCCCAUCGGGGGUCUGGCUGAAUUUUGUAAGGCAUCUGCAGAACUAGCCCUGGGGGAGAACAACGAGGUGUUGAAAAGUGGCCGGUCUGUCACCGUGCAGACCAUUUCCGGAACGGGGGCCUUAAGGAUUGGAGCCAGCUUCCUGCAAAGAUUUUUUAAGUUCAGCCGAGAUGUCUACCUGCCCAAGCCGUCCUGGGGAAAUCACACCCCUAUCUUCAGGGAUGCUGGCAUGCAGCUACAAGGUUAUCGUUACUACGACCCCAAGACUUGCGGGUUUGACUUCACUGGUGCUGUAGAGGACAUUUCAAAAAUACCAGAGCAAAGCGUUAUUCUCCUCCAUGCCUGUGCCCACAAUCCCACGGGAGUGGACCCUCGCCAAGAACAAUGGAAGGAAAUAGCAUCAUUGGUGAAGAAAAGGAAUCUCUUUGCCUUCUUUGACAUGGCCUACCAAGGCUUCGCCAGCGGUGAUGGGGACAGGGAUGCCUGGGCCGUGCGCCACUUCAUUGAACAGGGCAUUAACGUUUGCCUGUGCCAGUCAUAUGCCAAGAACAUGGGCUUGUAUGGAGAGCGUGUGGGAGCCUUCAGCAUGAUCUGCAAGGAUGCGGAUGAAGCCAAACGGGUCGAGUCCCAGUUGAAGAUCUUGAUCCGUCCCAUGUAUUCCAACCCUCCUCUCAACGGCGCCCUUGCCUCUACCAUUCUCACUUCCCCGGAUUUGCGAAAGCAAUGGUUGCAGGAAGUGAAAGGCAUGGCCGACCGCAUCAUUAGCAUGCGCACGCAGCUGGUCUCCAACCUCAAGAAGGAAGGUUCCUCUCACAACUGGCAGCACAUCACCGACCAGAUUGGAAUGUUUUGUUUCACAGGCCUAAAGCCAGAGCAGGUAGAGCAGUUAACCAAGGAGUUCUCAAUCUACAUGACGAAGGACGGCCGCAUCUCAGUGGCAGGGGUCACCUCUGGCAAUGUGGGCUAUUUGGCCCAUGCCAUUCAUCAGGUUACAAAGUAAUCUCCAGAUGCAAGGAGCAGAGACAACCUUUCGAUCUUGGCCUCUGCUGUUGUGAGAGUCACGUGCAGGCUGAGGGAGGGUGGAUGGUGGGGAGUGGAUCGAUUCUUUCAUCAACAGUGUAUACCAUUCAACAGUUGAAUGUGUUUCUCCGAAAAAAAAAGCAUAGUGAAAUAAGGCAGAGACCUGGUGGCUGGUCUGGAGCUUUGUGGCUGUAAACCAAACUCUCCCCCAUUCUUUUGUCUCCAACUUUUCUAAAAGAGUUUACACAUGCAAGAAAGUCAGCACCAAAAAAACUGUAUUCAGGACAUUGCAAUAUUUCAGAAGCUUUAACUGAAGCGCCAUGUGGUUUUAGGGUUCCCUCUGUGGCCCCAGCAGGAGGCACAGCUCGUAUUAGCCAUACGAGAGAGAAGACCCAGCCUGUCACUAACGGUCGUUAAUGCACAUUUGUCCUCCGUGGUGCAGCAGGCACAUCGACAGACCAAACUACAAAAUUACACUUUACGAAAACCAAUGAGUGUGUUACCCCUGCUGCAGCAAGGAAAGCAAUAGAUGCUGCUUCCUGUCUUAUGUAAGAAAAGGAGAGAGAAGGCUCUCCUCUUUAUCAUUGUUGUACUUUAGUCAUGAAGACCUAUUACAUCUAGCCAGAUUUUCACCCCAUUCUACUGUGAUUGACCAUCAACCCCGUCCUAUCAGGAUUUAUUUAAGAAUAAAAACCAUAAUUCUCUGCUCAUGCCAUUCCUUCUCCUUUCUUAGUGAAGAAUAGUGGAGAGUAGGUAACUGCACUGCGCUGCAGGGUCUGCUUCAGUGGCAGUGUCACUGUCCCUGCCAGCCAGACCACUCCCUUCCCCAGUGCAUGCGGCUCACCGCCGCUCCCUCCACUCGCCGCUGGGCAGUCAGGGCAGCAUCAGGAAGGAAGAUCACCACCAUCUGCUCUAAUCAUGUAGACUUACUGCAGCCUGGUUUCUCUGUUACAAUAAAAUUAUUGUAGACCC